UAUAAAAGAUGAAGACCUAGCUAGUCCUAGUUGAAACAAAUUUAAGGAGAGGCAGAGUUCCGUUGACUGACUAUAAUUAAGGUCUAUCUACUUCGUAUAGAAGAACAGAGCUGCCUCUCUUUCUCAAAAGUGUUAGAAUUGAACAACAACUAAUUUGUUCCAUCAACAUGUCUAUCAUGGUGGAUGUAAGAGUUCCAAACUUGGAUUGUGAAGGAUGUGCUGCCAAGCUAAGAAAAGCUCUUUUUAAGCUUAAAGGAGUAGAAACAAUAGACAUUGAUAUGGAGACGCAGAAAGUUACAGUAAGAGGGUACGGAUUAGAGGAGAAGAAGGUGCUAAAGGCAAUAAAACGAACAGGAAAAGCAGCAGAACCAUGGCCAUAUCCAGUUGGAUACUCACAUUUUGCUUCAUUUUAUCAGUACCCUAAUCACAUCAAAAGCCAUUACUACGACACAUCAAGAAACGUUGCAGCCCCAAGUGUGCACACAUUUUUUCAGACUCCGGCUGUUUAUUCAGUUGCCGUAGCAUCAGAUGAAGCAGUUGCUUCUCUUUUCAGUGAUGACAAUCCACAUGCCUGCACCAUCAUGUGAGAUUUGAUUAAUUCUUCAUCAUAUGCCCAAGGGAAUAUAAUUUGGAGCAGCUACAUCCAUCUCCUUAAUUUUGUAUUUUAUUUUAAUUUCUUUUUGUAACAUGUACACUUAUGAGCUUAUCAGUGACCAUGAACCUUAGUAACCUAACGGUUGUCCAGUAUGAAAGGUUACUUCACUAAUCUUCUUCAUCGCUACUCCUAGUAGAAGUGAUAGAAUUAUUCCAAGUAUUUCAGCUGGAACAACUAUGUACAUUUCUUUUUUCUAUUCACUCAUAUUAUUCUA